CUUCUCAAUCUGUCAAUCUCAUUCAGUCGAUGGGGAAUAAUCAAGUGGGGUGUGUGUUGUUGAUCGCCGUCGUUAUUUAUUAUCGACAAGUACAUAAAAUUAACAAUGUCUACGAGAUCAAGCAACUUUAAGAAUCCCUUUUCAAGACCAUGGAUGACAGAAACUGGUGCUGCGGCUGCGGCAGGUGGCUCAGGAUCGAUAGGUUUGAAAGGAGUGGUUGCCGGCGGAAUCACUGGUGGCAUUGAAAUUUGUAUUACAUUCCCAACCGAAUACGUGAAAACACAGCUUCAAUUAGACGAAAAAGGUGGCACGAAAAAAUAUUCGGGAAUCUGGGACUGCGUAAGAUCAACCGUCAAAGGGCAUGGCUUCUUUGGCUUGUACCGAGGCCUUAGCGUGCUACUGUAUGGCUCCAUACCGAAAUCUGCUGUUAGAUUUGGCGUAUUCGAGCAAGCAAAGCUAUACAUGAUAACGGACAAUGGAACUUUAACGAAUACCGGUAAGCUGGCGUGCGGUCUGGCGGCGGGGGUGGCUGAGGCGGUCUUCGCUGUCACCCCCAUGGAGACGGUCAAGGUCAAGUUUAUCAACGACAUGCGUUUGGAGAAGCCGCGGUUUAAAGGGUUCUUCCAUGGCGUCGGCACCAUUGUUAGAGAAGAAGGUAUCGGAGGAGUUUAUAAGGGUGUAACCGCAACCAUCAUGAAGCAAGGCAGCAACCAAGCGAUCAGGUUCUUCGUGGUGGAGUCUCUUCGGGACUGGUACAAGGGUGGUGACAGGGACAAGCCGGUGCCGAAAUACGUUAUUGGACUGUUUGGUGGUAUUGCUGGUGCGGCGUCAGUAUUCGGUAACACACCGAUAGAUGUCGUCAAAACCCGUAUGCAAGGUCUAGAAGCUGCCAAAUACAAAAGCACGUGGGACUGCUUCAUAAAGACGUGGAAGCACGAGGGACCUCUUGCCUUCUACAAAGGUACUGUACCUCGGCUCAGUAGAGUAGUCUUUGAUGUGGCAAUCACAUUCACUAUAUAUGAUAGUAUUAUGGACGUCUUUAACUAUGUCUGGAAGUAAGUCAGUACUGCCAUAAUUUUAAUGUAUAAAAACCUACCAAAGUGGUAGAAAAUGGAUUUAUCUAUACUAGUUUUUGGUAGUAAAGAUUAUUUUUUUUACUGCUAUAAUUAUUGUCAAAUAGGUAGUAAAAUGAAGUAAAUUGCACCGAUUUUUAUUAAGAAACAACGAUUAUGAUUGUACCAAGAUUUUUUAGUGUUGCCAUAAUGUUCGUAAACAGUUCUACCAGAUGUUAAAACUGUAGUUUUGUAUAUUUGUAUUUUUUUUAUAGAAAACGAGUCAUUUUAUACUACUACACUGUUUAAUACUGUAAUAUAGACAGCAUGUAAGACCUAAUGCGGUUAUUGCUUGAAGAAUGUCACUGAUUUUAUAUCAACGAAACCUAUUAGAGAUUUAAGUAAGCAAAUAUUUUAAUCUGUUAUAACAGAAUAACAAUUCGCAGGGCGAAUGUUAAUUGACAAUAGAUUUUAUAUAACCAAUCAACAAAUGUAAUAAAAUACUAGCCCAUUUUAUUAUUUUAUAACUGCCAUACACAGAUUUCCUGACUCCUAGGAGACAAGUCUCCAUUGCAAUGAAUUGUGAUUGAAACAAUAACUAUCAGAUGUAAUAGUGACAGUUAUAACUUCACAUCCUGGAGAUAUGAAGAAAAUUGACAAUAGAUAUUAUAUAACCAAUCAAAUAAACUACUAGCUAACAUUAAUAACCAUUUUUAUAUUAUUUUAUAACUGUCAUACACAGAUUUUCUGUCUCCUAGGAGACAAGUCUCCAUUGCAAUCCAUUGCAAUGAAUUGUGAUUGAAACAAUCACUAUCAGAUGUAAUAUUGACGUGAUACGUUCACAUCCUGGAGAUAUGAAGAGAGUUACAUCAACAUGUUUGCUACCAAAAAUUAAAAUGUGUUUUGCCGACUUGGAAUCUGGGAUCUCGAGAUCCGUACGAGUAGCUAAAUAAGCAACCACCUGACCAAUAAACAGUUCUAACACGGGCGUAAGUGCAUACACCAAAAAAUUGUUAUUUACGCCACUGUUUCUGCAUAUGUUAUUACUAUUAAGUAUCAUAUACGCAAAGAUACUAUAUUAUGCAGAUAAAUUAAAAAUAUAUACAUUCAAGUAUGUGAUAUAUAUAAUAUGUUAGCAACACUGAGUGCUAUUUAAGCCACUGAUACAGUAUAUGGUACUGAUAUAAAUAAGUAGGUGUCAUAUAUUGUAUUGUAAUAUAUUGUCACAUUGGUAGUAAAUUAUACCCUGACCAGGAAUAUGAAAAACCUGUAUUAGAUAAUUGUACGUCCUUAUAAAAAAAGGACGCACAAUCAUCUAGAAAAUUUCACUUGAAAACUGGCCAAUUUUGCUUUGACAGAAUUAUUGGUAAAGAAAAUUAUACCUUAAUGUUUUUAAAUAUAGUCAAAUUCAGAGCAAAUUCAAAAAAGUUUAAGGUUGAAUUUGCCAAUGCGACUACUUGAAUUGAGUGCCAAAAAAUUUGGCACUCAUCGAGUGGGGACGUUUUUUGAUCGCUGAUUGUGCAUCCACUGUUUAAUAGGAGAUCGAUGAUUCUUCCCAAAAGUAUUUUUGAGCUGUCUGUGUUAAGUGAUAUUGUUCAUUUUUGACCCCCAACGAAAAGACGUGAAGAAUUAUGAGUAUGACGUGUGUGUGUAUUAUUGUCAAUUUAUUUGUCUGUUAUGUGCACUCGUAGCUCACGAACGUAUCAUUCAUUUAGUUGCAUUGCAUAGUUAGUAGUUUUAAAGGUUUCUUAUUAAAAAGUAAAACACUCUCAUAGUAUGUAUAGGAUCAAUAAAUUAUAGUAAGCGAAUAUAUCAAGUGGAGUAUUCAAUUGAAGAGAUUUGAUUUGUUUAUUACAUAGUUUGAAAGAGGAGGGAUGAAUUCACUGAGUUUAACAACAAGUAAUACAAUGGAACUAGAGAAUAGUUGUAUCUUAAAGGAUUUGAUUUUGUACAUAUAAAAAUAAACUAGCAAAUAAUUUUCACAAAUUGCAACAAUGUUUAAAAUUUUCUCUAAUGACUGAAAGAAUUUCUGACUAAAAGGCCUUAUUCUAGUAACAUUCAUACUGUAGGGGUCAAAAUUUUAAUUUUUACAUUGUCUAAACAACAUGGUGAAGGUUUAUUUGUUUUUCUGGUCAGGGUAUACAAAGAUAAAUCUAAAUAAUAUAAAAAAAAUCUGUUAGUUCCUUAGUUGUUGGGAGUUUUCACAUUGAAAUGGAUUACAUUUUAGAAGAUUUUAUGUACAAAUACAAUGGGUGAUAGUUUAAUAUUCACAUGAUAGAUAUAUUUUUAUAGCACUUACAUAAUGUAAGAUUAAUCUUUUUGUGUUGUUAUAUGUAUAAGGUGUUACAUUUCUUAUUUUAGCUGUACAUUGAGUUUUUUAACACGUUCGCUGCGGUACGAGGUCAAUUAACCUCGUACCACACCACAGUUUUAGUGCGAGGUCAAAAAACCUCGUAUCGCACGGUACGAGGUCAAUUAACCUCGUACCACAACACAAAAAGUUUUAGUACGAGGUCAAAAAGCCUCGUAUUGUAUUGAAAAAGUACUGUAAAAUCAGUGCCGCAGCGAACGUGUUAAAGGUUUAUUAGUUUAUGGCAGGGUCUUUAAUGUGAUUUAUUUCCACUUAUUCUACAUUCAAAAAGCAUUUAAUGGUGGUUGUUUUAGGUUUUGUUUAAAACUUCACUUUGAAAUUCCAUAUACAUAAUAUUUUUCUUAUUAUUCUCUUGAAAAACUUAUAUAACUAUAAAUUUAAAAAAGAUUACUUUUAAGUAGAUGACGACGACGCAAAAAUGUUUUUUUUUUUUGAGGUUAUUUAAAAGUAUAUAAUUUUAGUUCUCCUUCUAGUUAUGAUUUUUUUAGUUAAUUUAUUUACUUACAUAUUUAGUAAUAUGGCGUUAAAUCUUAUUUAAUGUUUAUCUAAACAUUUUUUUUAUUUGAUAUUAGUUUUUUUUUUAAGUAUUCAUUAUUUCUUUGUAAAUAGAAAACAGCAGGCUCGAAGUUACUUUUUUAGUUAAGAGAUUCACCAAAAACUUUGUUUUGUAUUUCGUAAUCUUUUACAUGGUUUCUUUUUAAUUUUUAUCUAUAUUUUUAUUAAGUUUUAUUCAUAAUUUCAAAUUAAUGACAAAUUGUGACGAAAUAUAUGUAUUUCAAAAUCAGUAAUUCGAACAUAACGCUGCUUAAAUAAUAAUAAUUUGUGCUGUUCUUGAGAGAUCUUUGGUCAUUCCGAAUAAUAUUUUUUUUUAUUGUGACUAUUUAGCGAUUCAAUUAUUUAUAAUAAAGUUUUAUUUCAAUGUUUUUAAUUAAAUAAAUUAAUUUUUAAACA